UGAGUAUCUCUAAAAUUAUGCCCUAAACCUAAAAUAAAGAUAUAAUAAAAAUUAAAAGAAGCGACAUCGGUGAUCGGACAUACCACACUCCUACGACGGUUACAGAAGCUUUGAGAGCGGAAAAUGGUGAAGAGCUUCACUCUCAUCCAGACAGUUGCAACCGCCGGACUUUUCUCUGCCGUCUCCUUCUGGUAUGGCUUCAUGUUCGGCAGAGAAUCUUCUCGGAAGGAAUUAGGAGAUCUAAUUGCAGAUCUCCGCCGUGGAAACCCUGAUUCUUCCUCAUCUACUCCUCCACACUCAUGAUUCGGUUUACUCUGUUUUGGAUGAGGAUCGUAGCUUCGAUUAGUUAGUUUUGAGUUUGAGAAAUUAACUCAUAUUUUCUUCUUUUAUCCUUGUGGAAGAUAAAAUUACAUGUUUCUGUUAACCAUGAAAAUAUAAAAACAUACUUUCUACUUUAUUUAUUUAUUUAUUUUUUUACCUAUUUUUGUAAUUAUAUGUAACUCGAGGAGAUUCUUAGCUAUGCUUCCUUUGAGGAAUCAAUCAAGGGGUGAAAGAAUUCGAUUUGGUGAUA